AAAUGCCACUUCCCACGCCCAAUCCCGGUCUCUCUCUCCCACGCAUUUCUUCAAACAUCUCCCGCUCGUGGUGGUCCGAUCCUAUUCUUCCAUGGCCGCCGACGGCCUCCUCCGCCCUGUCUACGAGGCUUGCAUCGCCGGCUGCGACACCGAGAUCGACCGCCGCCCCUACCACCGCAACUGCGGCUGUGCACUCCACAAAUCCCGUCGUCAAUCUCCUCGCUGCUCCCAUUCAAAGUCUAAAUCCAUCUUCUAUCCCAUUCGCCGAUCCUGGAGUGAAGGCUGCUUGGCUCUCGCCCUCGCCUCUGCUUCAUCUUCCCCUUCCUCCUCCCCUGUCAUCGGUAAGACCUCUCAACCUGGUGUCGCUUUGAGCGACGACGAUGACGACGACGCUCCUCUUCAGCUUGCGAGGAAUUGAUUCCGAUUCUUCCUCUUCUUUUGCUUUCACCGUUUCGACAAUUUUCCUGCCCUAGGUUUUGAAUAAUCAUGAACCAGAUGAGAUGAUUUAUAAUUGUAUGUGUGUGUGUUUUUUUUCUUUUAAACUUUCUGUGAUCUGAAAAACAAUACUGGAUCCAUUCUUGUUUUGAGUCGUGUUUUUUACAACUUGCCGUCAAAUAGAUGGCGAGGAUUGAUAAUCGGUCUUCUCUGUGUUUGGAGAAGUGCCGUUGGUGAUUAAGAUAUACUCCACCAUGUGUUUAUAGCGUAUGUAAUUGUAUAUAUACAUAUAUGUUUUUUA